UUCGAUCCGAUCCUGUCACGCCUUAUUGCCAAUCCGCUCAAUAAUGUUCACCUGCGCUGGUCAGACACUACAACGCCUGAAACUCGCAGGCAACGACCUGAUGCCGUGAUCAGCAAAAUCAACCAACUGUCUUUUGGAUCUUCGUUUUGCUUUGGUGAGGCUAAGGUU